CCACCUUAGCCACCAUGGGGCUAAGAGCGGCCAGCCUCUUACUCCUCUGGCUGGCUCUUUCCUCUGCUCAUGAAAUAAAAAAAGGAAGGACAAGAAACCAUGGCCACUAUGUCUGCAGCACUUGGGGAAACAACCACUUCAAAACUUUUGAUGGAGACGUCUACCAAUUCCCUGGCGUUUGCGAGUAUAAUUUUGUUUCCGACUGCCGAGAUGCUUACAAGGAAUUCUCUGUCCACAUCCAGCGUGCUCUCAACAGCAAUGGCCAUCCUGAGAUCCAGUAUAUUCUGAUGAAAAUCAAGGAUAUAGCCAUCUACCUCAAACCAAACCUGGUUGUGGUGGAUGGGCGACUUGUGAAGACACCUUACUACUCCUCUGGUGUCUUCAUUGAGGCCAGUGAAAUUUACACCAAGAUUUAUGCCAAAUUAGGCAUGGUUCUGAUGUGGAACCAGAAGGAUGCCCUGAUGGUGGAGCUGGACAACAAAUUUAAUAACCAUACCUGUGGUCUCUGUGGGGAUUACAAUGGAAUUCAAAUCUACAAUGAGUUCAUCAAAGGAGAUACAAGCUACAACUCAAUUACAUUCGGAAACAUGCAGAAGAUCAGCAAACCCACUGCCAAAUGUGAAGAUCCAGAUGAAACCCAGGCUCUUCCAAGCUGUAAUGAGCAUCGUGAUGAGUGUCACAGGUUGCUGACUUCCCCUGCAUUUGCUGAUUGUCGGCUCCGGCUUAAUUUGGAAAUGUACAUCCAAGCCUGCAUGCAGGACAAGUGUGCCUGUAAUGGGAAGACAGACUCCUUCUGCCUCUGCAGCACCAUCUCUGAGUAUUCCCGCCAGUGUUCGCACGCAGGCGGCCGCCCGAGAGAAUGGAGGACAGAGAACUUCUGCCCCAAGAGCUGUCCUGCUACCAUGGUCUACAGAGAAAGCAGCUCACCCUGCAUGGAUACUUGCUCACACUUGGACAUCAGCAGCCUUUGUGAGGAGCACUACAUGGAUGGCUGUUUCUGCCCUGAAGGAACUGUGUAUGAUGAUAUCAGUGAAAAAGGCUGCAUCCCUGUUAGCCAGUGCCACUGCAAACUUGGUGGAAAGACCUAUGCACCUGGAGAAAGGAUUUCCAAAGAAUGUGAAGAAUGCACCUGUAAUUCAGGCAGAUGGACCUGCAAAGAUCUAGACUGUCCAGGCACAUGCUCAGUGGAAGGAGGCUCCCAUAUUUCCACCUUUGAUGGGAAGAAAUACACCUUCCAUGGAGACUGCUACUAUGUGUUGGCCAAGGGUACUGGAAAUGAGAAUUAUGCUCUCCUGGCAGAGCUGGCUCCCUGUGGCUCCACAGACAAACAGACCUGCUUGAAGACUGUUGUGCUGUUAGCAGAUAACAAAAAGAAUGUGGUGGUUUUCAGAUCAGAUGGCAGCGUGCUCCUGAAUGACAUGACAGUGAAUGUGCCUCAUGUGUCAGCCAGCUUCUCAGUAUUCAAGCCAUCUUCCAACUACUUUGUUAUACAAACUUCUUUUGGGCUUCAGAUGCAGAUCCAGCUGUUUCGAGUCAUGCAGCUGUAUGUGACUGUGGAUCAAUCAGUUAAAGGAAAACUUCAAGGUCUUUGUGGAAACUUCAAUGGAGUGGAAGGUGAUGACUUUAGAACAACCAGCGGGCUGAUUGAGGCUACAGGAUCUGCCUUUGCUAACACAUGGAAAGCUCAGUCCACCUGCUCAGACCAGGUAGAAAAGCUGGAAGACCCCUGCAGUCUCAGCAUUGAAAGUGCAAAUUAUGCUGAACAUUGGUGUUCUUUGCUGAGAAACCCGAAGGGUCCUUUUGCAAGAUGUCACUCAGCCAUUGAUCCUUCAGAAUACUAUAAGAAAUGUAAAUAUGACACCUGCCUCUGUGAAGACAAUGAAGAAUGUUUGUGUGCUGCCCUGUCCUCUUACUCAAGAGCCUGUGCUUUCAAAGGGAUCAUACUGGGAAACUGGAGAAAUAGUGUCUGCAGCAGCGAAGCAUCUUCUUGCUCAGGAAAUCAAGUCUUCCUUUACAAUCUUACAAUGUGCCAGCAAACCUGUCGUUCCCUUGCUGAUGGUGAAAAGUAUUGCUUGCAACGCUUUGCUCCUGUGGAUGGCUGUGGCUGCCCAUCCAAUACAUACCUGGAUAACCAGGAUAACUGUGUGCCCAUCUCCCAGUGCCCAUGUUAUUACAAGGGCUCAUACCUGGAACCUGGGGAAUAUUUCACAAAAGAUGGAGAACGCUGUGUUUGCCGAAAUGCUAAGAUCCAGUGCACUUCAGUGAAAAUAAAAAUGAGAAGUGAAGAAACAUGUUCUUCCAACAAGACAUACUUUGACUGCAGUGCAUCCUCAAAGUGGAGUUCACAAACACCUCUACAGCUUAGCUGUCAUACUCCUCAAACUGAUCAUUUCCAGGCAGAAUGUGUCUCAGGCUGUGUGUGUCCUGAAGGUCUAUUUGAUGAUGGCAGAGGGGGCUGUGUUGAGCAAAAAGAUUGCCCAUGCAUUCAUAACAAUGAGUUGUAUUCUUCUGGACACAAGAUAAAAGUGGACUGCAACACUUGCACCUGCCAGAAAGGGCUUUGGAAAUGCACUGAUGACGUGUGCUAUGGGACUUGCACAAUAUAUGGAAGUGGCCAUUAUAACACUUUUGAUGGAAAAUUCUAUGACUUUGAUGGGAGCUGUGAAUAUGUGGCUGCUCAGGACUUCUGUGGCGACAAAAAUUCCAGUGGCUCAUUCAGUAUCAUCACAGAGAAUGUCCCUUGUGGAACUACAGGAGUCACCUGCUCAAAGGCUAUCAAAAUGUUCCUAGGGAAAACUGAACUGAAAUUGGAGAACAAAGAGUACAAAGAAAUUCAGCGAGAUGUUGGUGAUGAUGUGCAGUAUUGGAACAGGACAGUCGGGCUGUACUUGGUUAUUGAGGCUAGCAAUGGUGUGAUGCUGAUCUGGGACAAGAAGACCACUGUUUUUAUCAAGCUGAGCCCUGAUUACAAAGGCAAAGUGUGUGGUCUGUGUGGCAACUUUGAUGACAAGGCAAACAAUGACUUUACAACAAGGAGUGGACUGCAGGACUCUAAUCCUCUGAUUUUUGGAAAUUCCUGGAAACAAUCUCCCAUGUGCCCAGAUGUCACAAAAGAGAUUAAGCCCUGUGAUCUGAAACCACACCGGAAAUCCUGGGCAGAGAAAGAAUGCAGCAUCAUCCAGAGCGAAGUCUUCGAUAUUUGUCACUCCAAGGUGAACCCACUUCCUUUCUAUGAAGCUUGUGUUCAUGAUGCCUGCUCUUGUGACAGCGGUGGAGAUUGCGAGUGCUUCUGCUCUGCAGUUGCAGCGUACGCCCAAGAGUGCAUCAAGGCUGAGGCCUGUGUUUUCUGGAGAACUCCUGAUAUCUGCCCCAUAUUCUGUGACUACUACAACCCUCGCAAUGAGUGUGACUGGCACUACGAGCCUUGUGGCAGUAAUAUCACAACCUGCAGGAUGAUCAAUAAUGUCAGCACCAACUUUACAAUACCACUACUGGAAGGCUGCUACCCCAGAUGCCCUAAGGACAAGCCUAUUUAUAAUGAAGAGACAAAGGAAUGUGUGACUGAAGAUAAAUGUGGAUGUUACCUCGAGGAUGGAACCCAUGUACCCCCUGGGCAAGAAGUAGUCACAGAAGACAACUGUACAAUAUGUGUCUGUGUCCCAUCAGGAUCCAUAGAGUGUAAACCAGUCCCAGGGUGUCCUUGUAUCAUCAAUGGAACACGUUAUGAAGUGGGUGAAGUUGUGGGAAUAGUACAGGAUGGAGACAUAUGUAUAAUAUACAUUUGUGCAGAAGAUGGUUCUACAAAUGCUACGAUCGUGCCUUGUCCAACAACUUCACCUACAGCCAUUUCAACCUCCUUCCCUUCCAGCACUCUUACCACCACCACCACCACAGUUUCCACUACGAGCCAUCCAGUAACUACAACUCCUUGCUUUGGACUGAUCUGUGAUUGGACUGAGUGGUUUGAUGUUAGCAAACCUGAAGAAGGUGAUGGUGACUAUGAAACAUAUGAGGAAAUAAGAAACCAUGGAAACAAAAUAUGUACAGCUCCUGAAAAAAUUGAAUGCAGGGCUAAGGAUAAACCUGAUGUGAGCUUAGAAGAACUUGGUCAGAAAGUCCAGUGUAAUGUUACAUAUGGGCUAAUCUGUAAAAAUGAUGAGCAAGAUGUAACUAUGUGGCAACUUUGCUAUAAUUAUGAAAUCAGAGUAAACUGUUGUGAGUGGCAAGAAAUACCUUGUGGGCCUACAACUACACCUACUACACCACAAACUACAACUUCAACCACCAUCAAGACAAUACCCACCACCACUACAAUCAGGACUUCAACCACACCUAUACCCGAGACUUCCACAAGCACACCAAGCACAGCAUCCCCGACAACAGAACUGCCAACCACUUCCACAUCACCAGAGACUCCCACCACCACCACCCCCACUACCACCACUACCACCACCAGAGGACCAACAACAACUGUUCCACCAACAACCACCACAUUUACAGAAGGCAAACCGAGCACAGCAUCCCCUACAACAGAACUGCCAACAACUUCCACAUCACCAGAGACUUCCACCACCACCACCUCCACUACCACCACCACCACCACAGGACCAACGACAACAACAACUGUUCCACCAACACCCCCAGAGUGUGACUGCAUCUGGUCGGACUGGAUUGACAUGACUUACCCAAAUGCUUCUGACAAGAACAGUGGUGACUACGAAACCUUUGAGAACAUUUGGAAGAACUACCCCUCCUGGGAGUGUGCAAAAGUUGAAAAUGUUUCAUGCCGAGCACAGAAAUACCCCAACACUUCCAUUGCAGAUUUAGGGCAGAAAGUGGAAUGUAGUGUUGAUGUAGGGCUCAUCUGUAACAAUAAAGAUCAGCAGAUAGGAGGUAUAAUUCCAAUGCCAGUCUGCCUCAACUAUGAGAUCAGUGUCUGCUGCAUCCCCAACCGCCCAGAGUGUCUUCCAACUCCAAGCACCCCGAGCACCACAUCUUCCACAGCUUCACCCACAACGACCAGUGUGUCCACUCCAAGAUCAACAACCACUCCAACGCCAACACCAGAGACUCCCAGCAGUACCACCCCUACCACCACCACCACCACUACGACCACGAUGACCCCCAGCACCCCCACCACCAGUGGCAGCACCUCACAGACAACACCAACUGUUCCUGUCUCAACCACACCCAUUUCAACUACUUCAAGCACAGCUACGCCCACACCAACAUACACCACCACCACACCAACUCCAGGCACACCUCCACCAACACCGAGCACACCCAAAUCAACAACGACUCCUUCAACACCGGAGACUCACACCCCCAGCCCUCCGAGCACAACAACAACAAUAACGACAACCACAACAACAACAACAACAACAACAGCGGUUACUGGGUCACCAACUCCUGGAAAGUGUGACUGCAUCUGGUCGGACUGGAUCGACAUGACUUACCCAGAUGGUUCUGACAAGAACAGUGGUGACUACGAAACCUUUGAGAACAUUUGGAAGAACUACCCCUCCUGGGAGUGUGCAAAAGUUGAAAAUGUUUCAUGCCGAGCAGAGAAAUUCCCUAACAUUCCCAUUGCAGAUUUAGGGCAGAAAGUGGAAUGUAGUGUUGAUGUAGGGCUCAUCUGUAACAAUAAAGAUCAGCAGAUAGGAGGUAUAAUUCCAAUGCCAGUCUGCCUCAACUAUGAGAUCAGUGUCUGCUGCACCCCCAACCGCCCAGAGUGUCUUCCAACUCCAAGCACCCCGAGCACCACAUCUUCCACGGCUUCACCUACAACGACCAGUGUGUCCACUCCAAGAUCAACAACCACUCCAACGCCAACACCAGAGACUCCCAGCAGUACCACCCCUACCACCACCACCACCACUACGACCACGAUGACCCCCAGCACCCCCACCACCAGUGGCAGCACCUCACAGACAACACCAACUGUUCCUGUCUCAACCACACCCAUUUCAACUACUUCAAGCACAGCUACGCCCACACCAACAUACACCACCACCACACCAACUCCAGGCACACCUCCACCAACACCGAGCACACCCAAAUCAACAACAACUCCCUCAACACCAGAGACUCCCAUCACCACCACCACCAGCCCUCCGAGCACAACAACAACAACAACGGCUACUGGAUCACCAACUCCUGGAAGCACACCUCCACCCACACCAAGCACAGCACCCACUACACCAGAAUCCACAACAAUUUCCUUGCCGCCGCAGACUCCCACUACCACUGCCAGCACCACGAUGCCCCCCAGCACCACCACCAGCAUCAGCACCCCGAGCACGACAACUGUUACUGUAUCACCAACACCGGUUUCAACUACUCCAAGCACAUCCACGCCCACACCAACAUAUACCAGUACCACACCAACUCCAGCCCCACCUACGUCCACACCGAGCACACCAAAAUCGACAACCACUCCCUCGACACCAGAGACUACCACCACCACCACCACCACCACCACAACCAGCCCUCCGAGCACAACAACCACUGUUCCUGAAACAACAACUACUGCCUCAACUCCUGGAAGCACGCCUCCACCCACACUGAGCACACCAGGAACACCACCUACUCCCACACCAACAGUAUCUGAAACUCCUAUCAUCACUGCCAGCACCACGAUGCCCCCCAGCUCCACCACCAGCAUCAGCACCCCUAAGACAACAACGACUGUUACUGGAUCAUCAACAACCUCCUCAACUACUUCAAGCGCAUCCACACCCACAGCAGAAUAUACGACCACUCUACCAACUCCAGGCACACCGAGCACAGCAUCCCCUACAACAGAACUGCCAACCACUUCCACACCACCAGAGACUUCCACCACCACCACCACCACCACCACCACCACCACCACCACCACCACAGGACCAACGACAACAACUGUUCCACCAACACCCCCAGAGUGUGACUGCAUCUGGUCGGACUGGAUCGACAUGACUUACCCAGAUGGUUCUGACAAGAACAGUGGUGACUACGAAACCUUUGAGAACAUUUGGAAGAACUACCCCUCCUGGGAGUGUGCAAAGGUUGAAAAUGUUUCAUGCCGAGCAGAGAAAUUCCCUAACAUUCCCAUUGCAGAUUUAGGGCAGAAAGUGGAAUGUAGUGUUGAUGUAGGGCUCAUCUGUAACAAUAAAGACCAGCGGCCCGGAGGUGUAGCGCUAAUUCCAGUCUGCCUCAACUAUGAGAUCAGUGUCUGCUGCACCCCCAACCGCCCAGAGUGUCUUCCAACUCCAAGCACCCCGAGCACCACAUCUUCCACAGCUUCACCCACAACGACCAGUGUGUCCACUCCAAGAUCAACAACCACUCCAACGCCAACACCAGAGACUCCCAGCAGUACCACCCCUACCACCACCACCACCACUACGACCACGAUGACCCCCAGCACCCCCACCACCAGUGGCAGCACCUCACAGACAACACCAACUGUUCCUGUCUCAACCACACCCAUUUCAACUACUUCAAGCACAGCUACGCCCACACCAACAUACACCACCACCACACCAACUCCAGUCACGCCGAGCAAAGCAUCCACUACCCCAGAAUUGCCGACCACAUCACCAGAGACUCCCAGUACCACCACCACCAUCACCACCAGCUCUCCGACCACAACUACAACUGGUACUGGAUCACCAACACCCACCUCAACUACUUCAAGCACAUCCUCUCCCACACCAACAUACACCAGCACCCUACCAACUCCAGUCCCACCUACGUCCACACCGAGCACACCAAAAUCAACAACCACUCCCUCAACACCAGAGACUACCACCACCACCACCACCACCAGUCCUCCGAGCACAACAACCACUGUUCCUGGAACAACAACAACCAUCUCAACUCCUGGAAGCACACCUCCACCCACACCGAGCACACCAAAAUCGACGACUCCCUCAACACCAGAGACUACCACCACCACCACCACCACCAGCCCUCCGAGCACAACAACCACUGGACCAACACCAACACCCACUUUAACUACUUCAAGCACAUCCUCACCAACACCAACAUACACGACCACCCUACCAACUCCAGCCCCACCUACGUCCACACCGAGCACACCAAAAUCGACAACCACUCCCUCGACACCAGAGACUACCACCACCACCACCACCACCACCACCACCACAACCAGCCCUCCGAGCACAACAACCACUGUUCCUGAAACAACAACUACUGCCUCAACUCCUGGAAGCACACCUCCACCCACACCGAGCACACCAAAAUCGACAACGACUCCCUCAACACCAGAGACUCCCACCCCCAGCCCUCCAAGCACAACAACCACUGUUCCUGGACCAACACCAACACCCACUUUGACUACUUCAAGCACAUCCUCACCAACACCAACAUACACGACCACCCAGCCAACUCCAGCCCCACCUACGUCCACACCGAGCACACCAAAAUCGACAACGACACCCUCAACACCAGAGACUCCCACCACCACCACCACCACCACUAGCAGCCCUCCAAGCACCACAACCACUGUUCCUGGACCAACACCAACACCCACUUUGACUACUUCAAGCACAUCCUCACCAACACCAACAUACACGACCACCCAGCCAACUCCAGCCCCACCUACGUCCACACCGAGCACACCAAAAUCAACAACCACUCCCUCGACACCAGAGACUCCCACCACCACCACCACCACCACCACCACCACCACCAGCCCUCCGAGAACAACAACCACUGUUCCUGGAUCAACACACAGCUCAACUCCUGAAAAUGUUAUCACCGAAGUCCCACCAGUUCCACCUACAGAAGCAAUAAAGGGUACCACAACACCUGAACCAGAGACAUCGACAAAAACAAACACUCCAGUUACUCCUUCAACUACCCCACUGCCAACAACAAGAACAACAGAAGUAAGUACGCCUACUGCAAGCACCACUAGUCAACAGUCAACAUCACCAGUGUCAACAAGCCCAGUGACAGCUACCACCUCUGAAGUCACUGAAACAACACCAACCACCAAGACCACCACUUCAGGCCCCACGCCCUCAAGAUCCACCAGCACCACACCAGUAACAGAAACACCUUACCAAGAGACCACUACCAUCAGGACCCCAAGCCCUCCAACAGGAUCAUCUACCACCACUUCCAGCCCUGGCACCACCACAACCUCAGGACCAAGCAGCACUACAGAAACACUACCACCAAUAACAACAACUCCAUUCACUGGAAUUACAUCAACCACCAAGACCACCACUUCAGGCCCCACACCCUCAAGAUCCACCAGCACCACACCAGUAACAGAAACACCUUACCAAGAGACCACUACCAUCAGGACCCCAAGCCCCCCGUCUACCACCACUUCCAGCCCUGGCACCACUACAACCUCGGGACCAAGCAGCACUACAGAAACACCACCACCAAUAACAACAACUCCAUUCACUGGAAUUACAUCAACCACCAAGACCACCACUUCAGGCCCCACACCCUCAGUGUCCACUCCCCCCACCACCACAGCAGGAACCGAAAUAAGUACCCCAGGGACAACCUCUGCAACUGUUACUACUCCAACAACAUCACCGGCAUCAACCAGCCCUGUGUCAACCACCACCUCUGGUACUACUCCAACAGAAAGCUUUACCACCACUUCAGGAACCACCUCUGUCAAUGCAACCACCACCUCCACCACAUUCACAACCCUUCCCCCUAGCUCAACUACUACAUCUGGGCCAACUGCAACAUCAACUGCAGUCACCACUACAGGAAGUUCUACGCACGGUGCAACUCCUCCAGUUAAUGGCUCAAGUUCAACUACAAGUCUAACACCAACCACUGCUAAAAAGACUUGUACUAUUUUCCCUAAUGAAUCUUAUGAGCAAGGUGACUCAUGGUGGCUCUGUAACUGCACUAAGGCAAUAUGUAUAGAAGACAACAUUGUCCAGGUGAUUCCAGUAAUCUGCAAUCCACCUCCGAAACCCACAUGUUCCAAUGGACUGUCUCCUGUGCCAGUCAUUGAUGAGGAUGGAUGCUGUUGGCACUGGGAGUGUGAUUGCUACUGCACUGGCUGGGGAGAUCCACAUUACAUGACUUUUGAUGGAUUGUACUACAGCUUUCAAGGAAAUUGUACAUAUGUCCUUGUGGAAGAGAUCAUUAAGAACGUUGACAUCUUUGGUGUCUACAUUGAUAACUACCAUUGUGAUACACGGGAUGUAGUGUCCUGUCCUCGAACGCUCAUCGUGAGACACGAGACUCAGGAAAUCAGGCUAAGAACAGCACAACCGAAUACUCUACAAGUAGAGGUGACAGUAAACAACCGGCUCGUGGCUUUGCCUUAUAAGAAGUUUGGUGUGAGCAUCUAUGAGUCAGGCAUAAAUCGUGUUGUGGAAAUUCCUGAGCUGAAAAUGAAUGUGACCUACAAUGGCUUGUCCUUUUCUAUCAGAAUGCCCUACAGCCUGUUUGGCAACAACACCCAGGGACAGUGUGGUACUUGCAAUAACAACACUGCAGAUGACUGCAUGCUGCCAAAUGGAAAAAUUGCAGAUAACUGUGAAACCAUGGCAGAUCAUUGGCAAGUUGUUGAUCCUUCCAAACCACAGUGCUCUCCAAGCCUAGUUCCUACAGGUUCACCAAGCACAACACCAACACAGCCUUGCAAAGAAUCUUCCAUUUGCGAGCUUCUUUUGGGAAGUGUGUUCAAGCCAUGCCAUGCAUUUGUCCAGCCUGAAAAGUACUAUGCAGCCUGUGUUUUUGAUAGCUGUGUACUUCCCAACCUAGACCUGGAAUGCUCAAGUCUGCAGAUCUAUGCUGCCACCUGUGCUGAUCAAGGCGUGUGCAUUGACUGGAGAAAACACACCAAUGGUGUAUGCUCCCAUGAAUGUCCUCCUGGUAAAGAAUACAGAGCAUGUGGUCCUAUUAAAGAGAUGACCUGCAAAUCAAGAGGAGAGAACGACACAUCAACUAAACAAGUGGAAGGCUGUUUCUGUCCUAAUGGAACCAUGCUGUUUGACUCUGGUGUGGAUGUCUGCGUGAAAACUUGUGGCUGUGUUGGAGUGGAUAUGAUACCAAGAGAGUUUGGAGAAAAGUUUACAGUGGACUGUAAGGACUGUAUUUGCCUGGAAGGUGAACAUGGCAUUGUAUGUGAACCUCAUGUAUGUGAUCAGAAGAAAGUCACUUGUGAUGGAGAAGGCUUCUAUGAAGUCACUGAAGUCAAUCCUAAAGACCCCUGCUGCCCUCUUUCCACUUGCAAAUGCAAUACAAGCUUGUGCACAGCCAAAGCCCCCAAGUGCUCACUGGGAUUCGAAAUCCAUUCUUAUAUUCCCAGUGGUCAGUGCUGUCCUGUAUACCAAUGUGUUCCCAAGGGGGUUUGCGUACACGAGAAUGCUGAGUUCUUGCCCAACUCCUCAGUCUUUAUUGACAAGUGUCAGAAUUGUGUGUGCACAAACGAUGUUAACGUCAGCACUCAACUGAAUAUCAUCUCCUGUCAACAUGUCCCCUGCAGCACAUACUGUCAACCAGGAUAUGAACUUAAACCAGUGAAAGGUGAAUGCUGUGGAAAAUGUGUGCAGACCAAGUGUAUUAUACACACAGCAGACAAUUCUGAACUCAUCUUGAGUCCUGGAGACUUUAAAAAUGAUCCUCACAACAACUGCACCAUUUAUAGCUGUGUUGAUGUCCACAACCAGCUUAUCGCUUCCACAUCUGAGAUUACCUGUCCAGCAUUCAAUGAGGAGAGCUGCAAACCUGGAACUAUUUCAUUCUUACCUAACGGUUGUUGCAAAACCUGUGCCCCUCUGGACAGCAGCACCCCGUGCUCUGUGCGCCACAGAACAGACUUUAUCGUCUACAAUGGCUGCCGCUCCGUGGACAGAGUUGACUUGACUGAAUGUGAAGGAACAUGUGGAACCUUCUCGCUAUACUCUGCUGAGGCCAAUUCUAUGGACCACAGCUGCUCCUGCUGCAGAGAAACAAGCACCACUGAGAAGCACGUGGUUCUGAAAUGCCCUGGUGGGCACUCAAUGUCACACAAGUAUAUCUAUGUGGAGAGCUGCAGCUGUCAAGACACUGCAUGCAGCAGGCCCCAGUCCAAUGACCUGAAGAACAAUGAAGAAAAUGACAAGGCGAGCGCUCUGAACCGGGUCAAGAGAGCCAUCAGCUUAAUAUCAAAAUGAAGGCAAAAACCUUGGCACUGUUAACUAAAAGGACUGAAAACCAUUCUUAACUUCCUUCAGUACUUCUGGAUUUUACUUUUCCCAGUAACUGCAUCCUGUUUGUUCUCUACUCUAUUUAUUUGUGCACAAAAUAAGAACACAAAUUUGUAUUCUUACAAGUGCACAGCCUCUUAAGUCCUUUUCAAAUCUGCUUAUUUUUCUCUUACUGAUUAAAAGCAUAUCUCAAAAAGCA